AUGGACUCGGUGGUAGAUGUCCUGAUUGCCGGCGCCGGUCCAGCCGGUCUCACCGCUGCCCUCACACUGGCCCGCCAACUUCAUACAGCCGUCGUAUUCGACAACAAAAGCUAUCGCAAUGCGAAUAUCUCCCACAUGCACAUGAUCCCAACAUGGGACCACAGAGAUCCUGCUCAAUUCCGCGCUGAAGCUCGCGACGAAGUUCUCCAUCACUAUGACACGAUUAAGAUCGAAGACGUGGACCUCAAAACAGCGGAGAAGACUAGUGAUGGACUCUUCCAACUUGUUGAUGCCAAUGACAAGGUGUGGAAAGGAAGAAAAUUGAUUAUUACUACUGGUUCAGAAAAUGUCUUCCCUGAUAUUCCGGGAUACGCAGAAGCGUGGGGUCAGAGAAUAGCUGGCGUGCUCGCCAUUCAAUCUGCCGGGAAUGUCCCGAUGGCAAUGCAUCAGACGGAAUCAGCCGCUCAGCUCGCCCGAAAAGUGACCAUCUACACCAACGGAGCGGAGGAACUUGGUGCUCAGAUUUUCUCAACCCUAACAGACAAGGACAAGACCCGCUUCACAGUUAACAAUACCCCGAUCAAGAAGCUCACCCAUACCGGCUCCUCUAUUCACCUAGAGCUCGCGGACGGCAUGACUAAGGAAGAAACCUUCCUGGUCCAUAGCCCUAACACUACUGUCAAGGGCCCGCUUGCCAGUCAGCUUGGUCUGGAGCUUACGCCCAUGGGCGACAUCAAUGCCGCACCACCGAUGCAUCAGACCAGCGUGCGUGGUGUCUUUGCGGCGGGUGACUGCAUCACUCCGUAUAAGGUUAUCGCGGGCGCGAUUUCGAGCGGUUGUAAUGCAGCGGUGGCUGCUUCGGCGCAGUUGUUGGCGGAGAAGCAUGGUCAUCAGCCGCUGUUUUAG